GUCUGCCUGAACGUUAGUGUCUGUGUAUGCGUGUCUUCUUUGUGGCAUCACACAUCAAGUACACCGAACGGCCCGACGACCUGAUCGAAAUGGACCAAGAAUCAUAUCGGUUUGUCGAAGGAGUGUGGAUGCACAACUUCUUCCGGGACGAAGUCAUCCGCUCAGUUAUCAAUUUCAAACCCCGGGAUGGAGACUUUGUCGUCGUAACAUACCCUAAAUGUGGAACCACUUGGACGAUGUUUAUUGUUCACAACAUUCUUACACGUGGCAAAGAAAUUUUCAGUAUUGGGGAAUUUGGGCUCAUGUGCCCGUAUCUUGACAUGCUUGGAGCCGCAGCGGCCGACAAUCCAUCCAGAACGGGUCCCAUUAUGACCCACCUGCCAUUGAGAGUUUUCCCGCCAGUGGACAACGCAAAGUACAUAUACGUGGCCAGAAACCCUUACGACUGUGCGGUCUCCUAUUACCACUUCCUCAAAGGACUGACUCCAAAGACGGUCACCGACGUCUCGUUCGAGAAGUUCCUACAUCUUUUUUUAUCCGGCAAAGUAAUUUACGGCGACUAUUUCGACCACCUGCUGGCAUGGUACGAGCGGAAGAACGACGCCAAUGUCCUUUUCCUUACCUACGAGAACCUAAAGGCUGACACGAGAGAGCAAGUACUCAAGAUCGCCGACUUCCUCGGUAAUGAGCAUGGAGCUGCACUGCGGGAAGACGAGGAACUUCUGCAGAAGGUGCUGAAGGCCUGCAGUCUCGAAAACAUGAAGGUCUGCUUUAGUGUCAAGCCAACUGACCGAGUGAAGAAAAUGGUGGAGAUAGCGAAGGACAAGCCGGAUUCCUGUGAACUGAUGAAGGACAUACCAACGAAGAGUGACGAGAUGCACGAAGGAGUGGGCUUUGUGCGUAAAGGAAUCGUAGGUGACUGGAAAAACUACUUCACGCCGGAGCAGAUAAAAGAGACGAAAGCCUGGAUAACGAGAAAUACACAAGGGAGCGACGUAAUGGCUCUUUGGAAUGACUGUGACCUGCCCUAAACAUUCGAAGGUAACGAUAUUUUUAGUGUCAAAAGAGUGGUGCUUGCCAAUCCGGAUUUUGUGAUCAAUGUAUAAAUAAG